AUGAAAGGAGGUAGCUCGAAAGCUGAUUCGAGGAAGGCCGACAGCAGGUUGGCUGUGAAGAAGCAGACAAAGAAAGAGAAGAAAGCAGCAAAGGACCCAAACAAGCCAAAGAGGGCUCCAAGCGCAUUCUUUGUUUUCUUGGAAGGUUUUAGGCAGCAAUACAAGGAAAAACACCCGACCAACAAAUCAGUUUCUGCUGUCGGUAAAGCUGCUGGUGAGAAGUGGAAGUCUAUGAGUGACGAGGAUAAGGCUCCAUUUGUGGCAAAGGCAAUGAAGAAGAAGGAGGAAUAUGAACAGAAGAUGGAAGCCUACAACAAAAAAUUGGCUGGAGGCAGUGGUGAUGAUGAAUCUGACAAAUCAAAGUCAGAGGUUCAUGAUGAGGAUGAUGAAGAAGGCAGUGGAGAGGAGGAAGAAGAUGAUGACUAGGAGCUGCCAAGGAUGACGAGAUCCCCUUAACAGGAUUUUAAUGUGUUCCUGCACUAUAAUGUUGAUUUCCUGACUUUUAACUUUGUUGGUAUAUGUUGACAUGGAUAUGACUUCACCUUGCCUAGUUUGUCUACAGACAUGAAUUUUAGUAGUUUUACAAUUUGGGAUUAGCGAUGUUGGUUCUGUUUACCUUCUUAGACCUCGGAAAUUUAUGUAGUACCGAAUGAAAGGCUUUUUAUUUCUGAUUCUGCUGUGGUGUUUCCGUGUUUGAAUUAUUUUUCAGUUUCUUUCUGUUUGGUUUUGGUUUUAAUUGUGUUGAUGGUGGUGAGGAUUUACCCAAAUAUGAGAAAGCUUUUCAGUUAUUUGUCCAUUUUGAUAUGAAAGUGUUAAAUUGGGUCAACAGAUUGGUAUCGUACUAUUGUUCAAGAAAAUUGAAGCCUUGAAAUAUAUGUUUUUGCAGUUCAUAACUGGCUGAUAUGGCUGGCUGAUUGCAUUAACAUCGUCAUUGUGUUUCAUACUGAUUUUUCUCUGGUACUUCAAGCUGCUUUAUAUAAUGAUUUCCUUUGAUGUGCUGAAGAUUCUAACCUGGACCUUGCCUGUGAAUAUCUAUGCACCCUAUAUAAUAUAUUUUUCUUUUCUGAUGUCAGGCUACAAAAAUAUUUCAUUUUCAUUAAAUAAAUUGUCCAUAUAACAGUUGCACAGAAAUGAAUCUCAGAAUCUUCCAAUCUCCAUUCUUUUUGAAAUUUUUAACAUGUGGCUGAGAACUCUUUAUUUUUCCGUUAUGUGUGAAACGUGAAAUAUCAAAUAUGUUUGAACAGUACAACUUAUAUAGUCUUUUUCUUCUUCCUUUCUGUAGCUGCAAAAUCACAGUUUCUCA